AUGAACCCGUCGCGAGUUUUAUUUGCAAUCGAAAAUCCAAACGUAUUUAAAGAAGAUUUGGUGGAUGUUCAGUUAGCAUUUAAAAGUUUAUUGGAUGCUCUGAAGAAAGAAAGCAAGGCUGUACAAUUUCCGGAUCCGUUAAGGAAGGAUAUACCGCUUUUUUCUGUUGAGCAAUUACGCGGAAUUUGUAAAUCACUAAUAUCCGACAAUUUAAAAGAUAAAACCAAUGGUCCAUUUGGAUUUACUUCACGUCCCAGAGUGUUCCUUAUUGUCUAUAGGUUAAUCGCAACAGUUUUGGUAAUGAAUGAACUAGUGCUUGACAAGGAGAACUUCAAUAAUGAAAUUCAAAAGAUAACAAGGGAUUUUUCACAAUCGGAAAUCGAGUUACACCCAUUGAUAAAAGACCUUAUUUUCAAUGGGUUGGAAAAGAUCAAUUCAGAAAGUAAUGUAAAAAAAAUCUUAAAAGUGACGCGUCAAGAAAAUGAGGAGGAUAUAAUGUUGUAUCAAAAUUCACUCCCAAAAUCAUCUACACGCGUUUUUCUCACAUCACUUUUACAUAUAACAAAAAUAAUGAUGUCUCGAAUUCACUUCACUCUGUUUCUGGUCCUUGUUCUUACUUCACUCACUUUUUCAUUCCCGUUGACCACAGAUGCCAGUGAUUUUCCUCUGGAUGAGUUUUAUAAUGAAAUAUCUCCUGUCUUUCACGAAGAUUCCUCGGUCGGUGGGACCAGUGUCACAUCACCCACUCGCGAAGAUACCUCAAAUAUGACCGCACCAGCUUCAAAAGAAGCCUUAAACGGUACUGCAUCAGCCCUCGACAAUAUAUUAAAUGGCACCUUACCGAUUACCAACGGGACCUUAAAAAGCACUGGGCCUGCCACCAACGGAACCUUAAAACGAACUGAGGAUGCCACCAACGGGGCCUCAAAUAACACGGUACCAGCUGUAAAAGAAAUUUUAAAUAGUACGGCACCAGCCGGCGAACCUACCAUAGAGUUCAUUGAAUCACCGGAAACUGCGGAUGACUCCGAAAUCGACGAAGAUGGCAGUAGACUUGUGAACAAUCCAUUCUUACGUUAUAACAUCGAACAACUCGUUUCAACCUCUAACCUCUUUGGAUUCCAUGAGGGCGGUCAUAAGAAAGUCAAAGUCCUAGUGUUGCCAAAGGGAAAGGCGUUUCAUAUCAUCUACAAGGUUUUGGUGUUCCCAAAGGAUAAAAAGGGUAUCCCUAAACUUUACAAGUUGAUCGUCAUUCCCGGAAAGACCAAGGAUAAUCAAAAAGAAGUGAAGCUUAUUCUAAUCCCGAAAGAUAAUCCAGGAGCUUGGAGAGAAUAUAAUGUUGUCAUCCCUUACAAGCAUUAA